UCCUAAUUCUCACUUCUCUCUUCCGCGUCUGCGUACAAAUCUCACUCUCUUCCUGUAUCCCUAUCUCCGUCGCCGUCGCUCCGCCGCUCGCACCCCGAAGUUCGGGCUUGGAAGGAUGAGCGAGAUUCUUUUUGACGACGUUUUUAAGGUUGAGGAUAUAGACCCAGAUGGUAAAAAGUAUGACAAGGUUUCUCGGAUUGUAGCACGAAGUGAGAAGCGUGAUAUGUACAUGCGUCUAGAUGUAAAUACAGAGAUUUAUCCUAUGAAAAAAAAUGAAAGAUUCUUGAUGGCUUUGUCUCCAUCACUUGUUUUAAAUACCAAGGAUGGCUCAGUGUCAAUUCAAGACAAGUUUGAAUACAUCAUGCAUGGAAGGUUGUAUAACAUUACAAAUGAUGGAUGUUCAAAAUCUCAGCUUGAAGUGGAGGUAUAUGCAUCGUUUGGUGGGCUGCAGAUGACGCUGAGAGGGCAUGCUUCCCAUUGUGUUAAGUUUGCAGUGGAUCAGAAGUUGUUUUUGCUAAUAAGGAAGGUUGAAAGUUGAACUGCAGAUUAUGUUGAGGAUGAGGUGAAAAGAUUAACAUGCUAGCAUUUUAGGUUCAAGUAAUUGUUUAUGAUCUUGUAUAAGUAAUUCUAUAAAAUGAUUUCAGUAGAAUGUAUUUUAUAAGAAUGGGUUUUGUGUUUUGAAUGUUUCUCUUAAAGCUUUUUUUUUUUUUAAAUAUUAUUCAGAUAAAAUUACUUGUA